UUACAGUAAAAACCGACCUCUGCCAAAUCAUAUUAUGUUUACGAAACCUGACGGUCGCCAAAAAGAUGAAACCGCUAUAGGUCUUAAACAUAAUGAAAUAGAAAAAUUAACAGAUUACUGGUGUCCAAGAAUUGUCAAACUGCUAGAAGACUUAUCCGUACCAUUGGAGAGUGAAAGAGGAUUGCGGAUAAUGCGGUCCAUGGGUUGGAGUGGAGGGGCGUUGGGCCCGCGCGGGAAUGGUAUCUCCGACCCCAUCCUACCUGUUCUCGAUCAGAAACGACGCGCAGGUUUAGGGCAUAAAUCUACAAACUCGGUAUUGAGCCAAACUGAAAUAGCACUAUGCAAUUUUAUUUUGGAAAAUAUACUGGAGAUGAUCGAAUACGAUAAAUCCAUAACCGUGAUACCAUAUACGAGAAUAUUAACAACAAGGGAGAUGGACUACUUGAUGGUUAUAAUGAAAAGUUUGAACAAUAGAUUGAAUGCAGACGUAAUGUUCCCUGAAGGAGUUGAAAGAGACUUGGCAAAUAAAGUUCUCGAGCAAAUGUUCUUAGAGCCGAACGUGUCUGUUGAUAUUAAGUUUUCGGGUGAUUGGGAUGUAAUAAUUUUAAAAAGAAAAUACAAUAGCGCCAAACCGGAGACAAAAAAGAAGAAGAAAAAGAUAUUAACGGACACAACGCUAUUGGAACAUUACAAUUUAUGUUCCAUGACUAUUCGUUUGACUUCGUUAGAUGAUUUCAGAAUCAUAAUCGUAAGCCAGAUAUUGUAUCUUCUGAAGAGCAAUGAUAGAUAUAUAUAUCUGAAUUUUAAUAAAAUUCUUAAAAGUGUAUAUUAUGAGUUUGUGGAUCAAGCAUGUGCCAAUUUUAAUAAUAAGCAAGUAAUUGGAUGUCGCCUUACUAAAGAAUUAGCAAUGAAAGUUGUUGAUAAUAUCGGUGAUACUAUACUUGGUGUUAAGUAUGGUGAAAACGGACAGUCCAUUGCUUUCACAAAAGUAAAAAUGAAAAGUCAAAAAGAACUGGAAGAUUGGUGGAACACGAUUUGAAAAUAUUAACGCAAUAUUAACAGACAUGUGUAAAAAAAGUUGUGCGUUCAAAAAAUUCUAGCGUGGAAACAACAUCUACAAACCCUAAUCCAAUCAAGCUGCACUGCAGUCACAGGAGGUGUAAUACUGGAAGAAGUAUCUCAUACAGAAAUGGGGCUGAAGUAAUUAGUGUGAGAAAUGACCGAACAGUACAGUAUGAUUUUAUCGGUCCCCAAGUGUCAAACUAGUGACAAAAUUCAAAAAAAAAAAAACUAAAAAAAACAAGAAGAAUAAGAAGCACCCCUAUUUUGACUUGGUAAUAAGAUGUAA